AUGGGACUUUGGCUUCCAAAACUUGAACAGCUUCUAAUUGGUGGCAAUGAGUUAAAUGGAGCAAUACCUACCUCCAUCUCCAAUGCCUCUAAGCUAACAAGGCUUGACUUGUCAAGUAAUUCUUUUUCUGGAUAUACUCCUAUUGACCUUGGCAAUCUAAGAAAUCUGCAACAACUCAACCUACAUUCUAAUAAUUUAGCUAGCACACUUUCAUCCCAAGAAAUGAGCUUUAUCUCUUCUUUAGCAAAUUGCAAAGCCUUGAGAUUAUUGGAUUUUAAUGAUAAUCCAUUGAUCGAUGGCGAACUUCCUAUCUUUAUAGGAAAUCUCUCUAUUUCUCUUCAAAUAUUCGAUGCUUCGGCCUGCAAGAUUGGAGGCAACAUUCCAGGAGAAAUUGGCAACCUAAGCAACUUGAUCAGCUUGGAGAUUGAAAACAAUGAACUGAUUGGAUCUAUUCCCACCACAAUUGGAAGAUUAGAAAAGUUGCAAGGUCUCCAUCUUGAUGGCAAUAAGUUAGAAGGAUCCAUUCCAUAUGAGUUAUGCCGUUUGAAGAGUUUGGGUUUCUUGUAUCUCACAGCUAACAAAUUGGCUGGACCAAUACCAGCAUGCUUAGGUGAUCUCGUUUCUCUUCGGCAUCUACAUUUGGGCUCCAAUAAGUUUGCAAACUCAAUACCCUCAACCUUCACAAGGCUUAUAGAUAUCUUGCAACUAAACUUGUCUUCCAAUUUUCUUAGCGGCUCUAUUCCAAUUGACAUUGGCAAGUGGAAGGUUGUUACAAUUAUUGAUUUUUCCGAAAAUCAAUUAUUAAAUGAAAUCCCGAGUACCAUUGGUGAUCUUAAAGACCUAACAUAUCUUUCAUUAUCUGGUAACAGAUUACAAGGGUCUAUACCUGAGUUAUUUGGUGAGCUGACAGGGUUGCAAUUCUUGGAUUUAUCAAGGAAUAAAUUUUCUGGAAUUAUUCCAAAGUCCUUGCAAAGACUCUUGUAUCUAGAGUAUUUUAAUGUCUCAUUCAAUAGACUGCACGGAGAAAUUCCUAAUGGAGGACCCUUUGCCAACUACUCAAUUCAAUCAUUUAUGGGGAAUGAAGCGCUAUGUGGUGCGCCUCGACUACAACUCCCACCAUGCACAAGUAAUUCUACUAAACAUUCAAGGAAAGCUACUAAGCUCUUAGAAUUUAUACUAUUGCCAGUUGGCUCAACGCUGUUAACUCUAGCCAUAAUAGUCCUUUUCUUCCAAAGCCGAAGAAAGCAUUUAAAGCAAAAAAUUGAUCAAGAAAAUUCGAUUGGUUUAGCUAAGUGGAGAAGAAUUACAUACCAAGAGCUUCAUCAAGCCACAAAUGGUUUUUGUGAAAGCAAACUACUUGGUGUGGGGAGUUUUGGCUCAGUAUACCAAGGUGCUUUUUUAGAUGGAUUGAAUGUUGCCAUAAAAGUCUUUAAUUUGGAGGUAGAAGGAUCAUUCAAGAGCUUUGGCGUUGAGUGUGAGGUCUUGCGCUACAUUCGCCACCGGAAUUUAGUCAAAAUCAUCAGUAGUUGCUGCAAUGUUGAUUUUAAAGCCUUGGUGCUUGAGUUCAUGCCUAACGGAAGCCUCGAGAAGUGGUUAUAUUCUCAUAACUAUUUUCUUGAUAUGUUGUGUAGGUUGAACAUUAUGAUUGAAGUUGCAUCUGCAUUAGAAUACCUCCAUCAUGGUCAGACAAUUCCUGUGGCCCAUUGUGAUUUAAAACCCAGCAAUGUUCUAUUAGAUGAAGAUAUGGUUGCACAUUUGGGUGAUUUUGGCAUUGCAAGACUAUUAGGUGAAGAGGAUUCAGCGGUACAAACCAUAACACUAGCAACAAUUGGGUAUAUGGCACCAGAAUAUGGAACACAAGGAAUUGUUUCUAUGAAAGGCGACGUGUACAGUUUUGGUAUUCUUCUAAUGGAAACAUUAACAAGAAAGAAGCCUACAGAUGAAAUAUUUAUUGGAGAAAUGAGCUUAAAACAUUGGGUGAAUGAGUCUAUACCAUCUGCAUUAAGUCAAGUAGUAGAUGCCAAUUUGCUAAUUGGUAAGAGGGAGCGAGAACAUUUUGCAAUAAAGGAUUGUGCAUCGUUUGUUUUGCAAUUGGCAUUAAAAUGUUCAGAAGAGUUGCCAGAAGAGAGGAUUGACAUGAAAAACGUAGUUGCAAAGCUGAAGAAAAUCAAAAUCAAGUUUUUGAAGGAUUCAAACAUGCGGGCUUGA